AUGGAGGAUUCAGGAGCUAUUCUAUGUCAAAUCUCCGUCUACAAGGACAUGCUUGAUCAGGUCAAUUUGGAAAUCGAGGCGAACAUUCAGGUGACGCGAGAGAUCGAAUCAGAGAUAGUAAAGUGCUCUGAGAUCGAAUCGGCUACGUCCGCCAAGGAAUCCGAGCUUACCAAAUCGUUCCUCGCUUCUCAGUUCGAGCUUAGCGGCUUGAUUUCCGUAACAGCCGAUUCGAGAAACUCUCUUAAGCUAUUGGAUGGUGAGAUUCAUCGCCUGAGGAACGAACACUCAGAGCUACUCCGAAGGAUAACCGAAAAGCGGGAAGAGUUUGUGAGGGCGUGCUUUGAUUUUCAGAGGGAGAUUUGUGUUGAUGAAGAUAGUGAAUUGAGGAGUUUGUUGUGUGAGAGGGAGUUUCUUGAAAAUGAAGUUCGAGUGUUAGAGGAGAAGAACGCAGAUGUGAAGAAUUCGAUUUUGGCUUACAUGGACGAUGAAAUGAUCAAUCUAUUGUCUGAUUAG